CAUUUACCUGUCACUUCCUAAAGAGGACAUCGUUUAUAAAUAUCAUCCAGUGGAGAUGAGAGCCGGGGGGCUACAAAAGGCCACCCACCUUCUCCCCAUUGUUCACUGGCAUCGUUGUUUCUCUCACCUCCCAGCUGCUCAGCCAUGGCACCCAAAAAACCCAAGAAGAGGUCAGGAGAGGGAGCCAACUCCAAUGUGUUCUCCAUGUUUGAGCAGGCCCAGAUUCAAGAAUUCAAGGAGGCAUUCACCAUCAUGGACCAGAACAGAGACGGCUUCAUCGACAAGAACGACCUGAGGGACACAUUUGCAGCUCUCGGUCGCUUAAAUGUGAAACAGGAAGAGAUCGAUGAGAUGCUCAAAGAAGCUCCGGGCCCAAUCAACUUUACCGUCUUUCUUACUAUGUUUGGGGAGAAACUGAAAGGUGCUGAUCCAGAAGAGACCAUCCUCAACGCUUUCAAAGUGUUUGAUCCCGAGAGCAAAGGAGUGCUGAGGAAGGACCAUGUGACACAGAUGCUGACAACACAAGCCGAUCGGUUCAGCCCUGAAGAGAUGGAGCAGAUGUUUGCCGCCUUCCCUCCAGAUGUGGCGGGCAAUCUGGACUACAAGAAUCUGGUGCACAUCAUAACACACGGCGAGGAGAAGGACCAGGAGUGAGCAUCUUCUGAACGGAAUGGACUGUGAUUAGUUCAUGCGGCGUCCAUGCUGGUGUCGGAGUUCCUCUGCUGCAAGAUAACGCGACAGGAUCAAGACCAGAAUGACCUUUAACACGCAUUUCCGAUUAGUCGCAUCCUUCUCUUCUUUUUGUUAUUGUUUUCAAUGAAAAUAUCCAUCCGGCGGUUGCUUGUUUGUCAAAUAAAAGUUGUCAGAGGAAUCAUU